AUGGAAUGUUGUUCAAAAUAUUGGAUAAAGAAUGAUAUAAAAGAACUUGAUUUACGUUUGAAAAACCAAUUGAUAGGUCAACCACUUGCGUAUAAUCUCGUAUUAAGAUCAAUUAGCUCACAUGUAUCUAAUUCAAAUCCGUCCAAAUCUCUUGUUCUUUCUUUGCAUGGUGGUACUGGUACAGGGAAAAAUUUUGUUGCAAAACACAUUGUCGAAAGUCUCUAUCGUGAAGGUUACAAAAGUAAAUACGUCCGACUUUAUGUUGUUUCACGUGAUUUUAUGCAUACCGAUACGGCACAUAUCAGUCAGUACAAGGAUCGUUUAACGAAAGAUAUUGAAGAAAUAACUAGUGCAUGUCAACAAGCAACAUUUGUCUUUGAUGAAAUCGAUCAAAUGCCUAGUCAAUUAUUAGAUGUUAUUCUAUAUUAUAUUGAUUUUCAUACUCCUACAAGUUCUCGACCGAUUGAUUUUCGUAAAACGAUUUUUAUCUUCUUAAGUAAUACUGGUGGCACAUCAAUAAUUAAAUUAGCUGAAAAAAAUCAUUUAUUAUCAAUAAAACGUGAAAAUUAUAAUAUUCUUGAAUUUCAACAAGUUCUUUCCAAUGCAGCAUUUAAUGAACAAGGUGGAUUACAAUCUGCAUCAUUGAUCGAUCGACAUUUAAUUACAUUUUUUGUUCCAUUUCUUCCUCUUGAACGCAUACAUAUUCGCGGUUGUAUAAAACGGCAACUUCAAAUAAUUCUUGAUACUGAUGAAUAUCAAUAUGAUUUAUCUGAAGAUGAUAUUAUUAAUCAUGUUUUAAAUUUAAUUGAAUUUACAUCAUCAUCUCUAGAAUAUUCUGUAUCGGGUUGUAAAAAGAUUCAACAAAAACUUGAUUAUAUUUUUGAAAGUCUUCAACCAACAUUUAAAAAAUCAAAAAAACAAAUAGAAGAUUCUGAUGAUUUAUUGUAA